UUCACCGCUCAUAUCGACCUGUAUAUGUUCAUCGCGCCAUACCCAGCACAUUAAAACACAAGCAAAGGCUUUGACCGCGCCUCCGUUCUGUGCAUCUCUACUUGACUCCAGAAACCCACCAUGGCCGAUGACUUUUACCUUCGAUACUAUGUAGGCCACAAGGGCAAAUUCGGGCACGAGUUCUUGGAAUUUGAGUUCAACAAGGAUGGGCGGCUGCGUUACGCUAACAACUCAAACUACAAGAACGACGAGAUCAUUACCCGUGAGGUGUACGUGGGCCAGUCGGUGAUUCAGGAGCUGAAGCGCAUCGUGGAGGACAGUGAGAUUCUCAAGGAAGACGACAACAACUGGCCGGCGCCCGACCGCGUUGGGAGACAGGAGCUGGAGGUGAUCCAGGGUGGCCAGCACAUCUCCUUCACCUGCACCAAGCUGGGCAGCGUGCUGCAGGUGCAGAACAGCAAGGACCCGGACGGCCUGCGCAUCUUCUACUACCUGGUGCAGGACAUCAAGUGCUUUGUGUUCUCGCUCAUAAGCGCACACUUCAAGAUCCAGCCCAUUCAGAAGUGAGCGUGGUGGCUCGUGGCUGGGAUGGUUGGAGUUGGAACUGUGUCAGGGGGGGUUAGGGGGUUAGGGUGAGUCGGUUGCCAGGCGAGCUGGCUGCUGGGCCACGUGGCUACGGUGCCCGUUGGGGAAUGAUGCGUGACGAUUAGGUGCGCGUGAUGUUGGCAGCCGUUAAGCAUUUGGAGAUAACACAGAUGGCGCGGCGGACCUGUGACGGACCGAUAUGACGUUCGGUGUGUGUGACACGGAAGAGAGAAAGCGGGGCAAAGCGCAAUCCUGGUGUACGUACAUGCACUUGCCGGCUCCAGGCCAUACAACAGAGACUGUAAGGAAUGGUGCGC